UCCGUGACUCCAAAAGUACGUAUUCUUGCAUGUGUCACAGCGGUGUAACUUGCAAGCGUAUAUUAAACCAAAGCAUCUGAGCGCUUUAGAUUUUUUUUGUAUAUUAACUUUAGCGAUUUUGAAUUCACUGUCUGCAUAUUUACUUGUUACUCCAUUUCAUUUAAUAUUUACGUUGUUAGUUAGUACUGGUUAAGAUAGCCUUGAACUAGGCUAUUCGCUAAUGCUAACCAGCUAACGUUAGCUACAUCCCCGAACAUGACAAGCUACUCCUUCCCUGCUAAUGAAGAUGUCUGCUGGAUGGAGAAAGAAGCUCUGGGUGUGAACAUUGUCGUGAAAGAAGAAGAGAACAAUAUUACAGCGAAAGGAGAGGAAGGGGUAAUUACUAUCACAGUGAAAGAAGAGGAAAAAGUGGCUUUCGGGAUAAAAGAGGAGGAAGACUAUGUUACAGUGAAAGGAGAGGAUGUAGCUUUUGGAGUGAAAGAGGUGGAGGAUGUUGUAGUGAAAGAAGAUGAUGCCGUUUUUGGAGUGAAAGAGGAGGAGAUAACCGUCACAGUGAUAGGAGUGGAAGAAGCUUUCAAGGUGAAAGAGGAGGAUGUUUCUGUGAAGGAAGAAGAGGACGUUUUUGGAAUGAAAGGGGAGAUUGAGGGAUUAAAGGAAGAGGGGAAGACUGUCACAGUUAAAGAAGAGGAUGAAGAAAAAGAGGAGACUAAAUAUCUGAUUAACACCAGACAGAGACCAGACUCUUGCUCUGACAGCGGGAAGAAUCCUUCAGGGGAACCAGAACAAGAGAAGCCCAAACCAGCAAGACCACAUCACUGCUCCCACUGCGGAAAGGGUUUUAGGUGGUUAGGGAAGCUGAAAGACCAUGAAAGAAUCCACACCGGAGAGAAGCCUUACCAUUGCUCUCAGUGUGAGAAAAGUUUUAUCCGGUUAUGGGACCGGAAUAUGCAUGAGAGGACACACACAGGAGUGAAGCCUUACCAAUGCUCAAAAUGUGUAAAACGUUUUGCUCAGUUGAGGGGCCUGAAAAUGCAUGAAAGGAUACAUACAGGGGAGAAGCCUUAUCACUGCUCCCAGUGCGAAAAUAGAUUUUUUUCAUCAGCGGGCCUGAAAAAACACGAGUGGACACACACAGGAACAAAACCUUACCUCUGCUCCCAGUGUGGAAAAGAUUUUAUCCACGCAGGUCAACUGAAAGAUCAUGAGAAAAUACACACAGGAGAAAAGCCGUACCACUGCUCUCAAUGUGGAAAGAGAUUUAUCAAUGUAUGGAACCUGAAAAAGCAUGCAAUCAUACAUACAGGAGAGAAGCCCUACCACUGCUCCCAGUGUGAAAAGAGUUAUACCCAAUCAGGGGACCUUAAAUCACAUGAGAGGACACACACAGGAGAAAGGCCAUACCACUGUUCCCAGUGUGGUAAGAGCUUUACCCGGUUAAGGCAACUCAAAGAACACAAGAAUAAACACACAGGGGAGAAGCCACACCACUGCGUUCAAUGUGGAAAGACUUUUACCCGAUUAGGGCAACUGAAAGAACAUAAAAUGAUACAUACAGGAGACAAGCCUUUCCAAUGCUCCCAGUGUGGAAAAAGUUUCAUCCAGUUAAAGACUCUGAAAAAUCAUGAGAGAACACACACCGGAGAGAAGCCUUACCACUGCUCCCAGUGUGGAAAGAGUUUUACUAAAUUAGGGAACCUGAAAGUACAUAAGAGAAUACACACAGGAGAGAAGCCAUUCCAAUGCUCUCAGUGUGGAAAGAGUUUCAUCCAGUUAGGGGACCUGAAAAGGCAUAAAAUAAUACACAAAAGAUAAUGCUUACCUCUUCUCCGAGUGUUGAAAUUGAUAUUUCACAUCACACAGACUUAAAGUCAAUCAAAGAACAAAUCCAGAGGGAGCACGUGAUGCCGCGGAGCUGAGCAGAUGUUGACAAACCGAGCUCUUCAAAGUUAUUCUAUUUUUACCUAAAUAACAACGUUGAAACAAUAUUCUAACAUCGGCUGAUAAAUUGUCAAGUACCUUCCCAAAGAGCCCUGGACCUCCGACCGAGAGGCAAGAAGGACAACCAAAACGUUGUUGAUUCCCAAGAUAACGAUAACGCUACAGCUAGCAAGAUUAGCAUUAGCCCUCAUAACUCAGACGACAGUUCCAGACUGUUGCUCUCAGCAGCCUCUUGCGAGCCUGCCGACAUGCUGGCUACUCUCCUCCAGGAAAUUCAGGAUGGUAACAAAGGUCUUUCUAUGAAAAUUGAUAAGAAAUCGGCUGAACACCAUUCUUCCAUUAACAACCUGAAAUCCUCCAUGAAUGAUCUCCUUUUGAGAAUGACUGAGGCAGAGUUGCGCAUUAGCACAGUUGAAGAUACCAUCGCUCGACAUGACCAGGUCUUGAUACAACUGCAAAAGGACAAUGCCUACCUCAAAAACAAUUAGAUGGAGAGCCAGAGUAGACGUAGUAAUAUCCGUGUGGUGGGAUUGAAAGAGGACAGCGAGGGCCGUGACCCGGUCCGUUUCUUCACUCAAUGGAUCCCGGAGGUCCUAGGCAUAAUCAACUUCACCAAGCCGCUGGAAAUCGAACGCGCCCACAGAACAUCAGCGCCGAAACCCCGGCCAGAUGAGCCCCCACAAGCCGCCCUGAUCAGGUUCCUCCGUUUCCAAGACCGAGAAAAGAUACUGCAACUCGCAAGAGCCAAAGGGGACAUCACCAUCGAUGGGAAGAGGGUCAGCCUUUUCCCGGAUAUGAGCGCGGAUCUCGCCAGACGUCGCAAGCAGUUCAGACCUGCCGCCAAAGCACUGAAGGAGAAGAAUAUCACCGGCAACCUCAUCCCCCCUUGCGGAUGAAAGUUCAGUACAAAGGCCGAAGCCAUCUCUUCAACACACCGUGAGAAGUGUACAAAAACACACCGGGAGAAGUGCACACAUUUCUCAAAGAACUGAACAACGUCUGAGCCAGGACGGUCUCUCUGGGGGAUAAAAUGCAGUCUGUUUGUUUUCACUUAUCCAGACUGAACUACUGAUAUCUUCCGGUCACCAUAAUUGAUUUGUACAUUUUCAACUAACCGUAUCUUUCAGGGUUGAGUUUUAUUACAUUUACAGGAGAGUAUAUUUUGUUUUAGUCCAUAUCCACUGGGCGAAGCAAAUAAGUGGGCUUAGGCCCACUGCUUUCCCCCUUAUUUAUGUUAAUCUUUCGAAAAGAGACUCAAGCAGCCCUUACCGUGGGCAGUAAAUAUUCAGCCAUAAAUAUCUAUUCACAACGUUUGUUUUCAACUUAGAGAGCUCGCAGGUUUUAGUUUACGCCAAGGUUUAGCUAGUAAGAGCAAGAUGGAAAGCGAGCAGCAACGUAUCUCUACAAGUGUAUUCAUGUUUGAUUGUUGAGAUUUUUAUUAUUUAUUAUUUUAUUUUUCCUUUUUUCUAUGUUUAUUGUUUCCUUCCUAAAGAGACACAUAGGUCACUUCUGUGUUCAAACCAAAGUUGAAACAUUUCCUAAUUAUCUACAUAUGAUAGAUUUCCAUUCAGUUACAUAUUUGAAACCCAACCUAUGCUUAAUCCACUAAAAUAUGUCACAUUCAACGUAAAAGCUCUUAACAGCCCGAUUAAAAGGAAAAGAGUCUAUACAUACCGUAAGAAAUUAAAGGCUGACAUUGUGUUUUUACAAGAAACACAUCUUUACAGUCAGUGAACACAAGAAAUUGAAGAGGGAAUGGGUAGGACAAGUUUUUGCUUCCUCUUUUAACUCCAAAGCAAGAUGAACUGCAAUUUUGAUAAGUAGACACAUCCCCUUCUGCAUCAACAACACCAUCGCUGAUCCCUCUGGCAGGUUUUUUUGGUGCAGAGGCAUAUGUUUUCAGAGUCUUGGACCCUAUUGAAUAUUUAUGCUCCUAACUUCGAUGACCAUAUGUUUAUUCAGAAUGUCUUCCUUCAGGUCACUCAAGCACCACCAGGAUGGCUACUGGUUGGAGGAGAUUUUAAUUUUUGUUUAGAUACAGUUCUUGAUAGGUCCUUUGAUAAACCCUCACUUCUUACCAAAGCCGGCAAGCUCACCAUGUCAUUCAUGAAAAAUCUCAAUGUACUAGAUAUCUGGAGACAGUUGCACCCACAGGAUAGGGACUACUCUUUUUAUUCACACCCACACAAGACACACACACGCAUAGAUAACUUUUUACUUUCGACACAACUGUUUCAUAGAGUGUGAGAUUUCGAGUAUUUCCCCAGAUUGCUUAGUGACCAUUCUCCUCUAGUAUUAUCAAUCUCCAUUCCUACCAAGGUAAAUGGAGCAUAUAGAUGGAGACUAAAUUCUACACUCCUAAAGCAACCUGAAUUUUGUGCAUUCAUCAAAGAGCAGAUCAAUAUUUUUACUUUGACAAACAAACCCUCUGCUCCUGACAGUUUCAUUCUUUGGGACACAUUGAAGGCCUAUCUGAGGGGACAGAUAAUUUCCUAUACUAAAGGGCUGAAGUGAAAACACAGUGCGGAACCGAGUGCCCUUGAAUCUGAAAUCUCAGAGCUAGAGAACCUACCAAAGAGGCCCGACUAAAGAUCUAUACAGGCUUUUGGUAAAUAAAAAACUUAAAUAUAAUAUUCUGAACACAUAUCAAGCUGAGAGGGCCAUCACUAAAUCAAAACAGCGUUAUUACGAGCUUGGAGAGAAAUCUCACAAAGUAUUGGCAUGGCAACUGAAAGCAGAGGAAAGUAAGAGGACAAAUAAUGCUAUAGAAACUCUUACAAAUGAGAUAUCUUUUGACCCUACUUAAAUUAAUAAUACUUUUAAGAAAUACUAUGAAGACCGCUACACUUCCCAAUCAAGCGAUGAUCUAUCAGAGAUCGACUCCUUACUCUCCCCUCUCAACCUCCCAUGCCUGUCAGAGGAAGACAGAGUGUGCCUGAGUGAACACUUCAAAGUUCCUGAAUUGUUGGAGGCCAUUAAAUCCUUACCUUCUAAUAAAUCUCCUGGGGAGGAUGGCUUCCCUCCAGAGUUCUAUAAAGAAUUUAGGGAGCUGUUGGUCCCCUACCUUAUGGAGGUACUUAAAGCCAGGGAAGACAACUGCUUUCCAGAGUCUUUCUCUCAAGCAGUGAUUACUGUAAUCCACAAGAAAGGGAAAAACCCGCUAAAGUGCCCCUCCUAUAGACCAAUCUCUCUCCUUAACACAGAUUGUAAACUGGUCACCAAGAUGCUAUCUAAGAGACUGGAGUCAUGUCUUCCCCUGUUGGUCAACCCAGAUCAGACUGGCUUUAUAAUUAAUAGAUUGUCCUCCAAUAAUCUCAGAAGGUUCUUUGAUAUAAUUCACCUUGCUAACAAAAACAAAAUACCUAGUGUCGCAGUCUCCCUCGACGCUGAGGGUUGAAUGGCCAUACCUCUUUCGCGUCUUGGAAAAGUUCGGUUUAGGUACCGUGUUUGUAAAUUUGAUAAAAUCACUCUACAAAUCUCCUAAUGCUAGAUAAAAGCAAAAUCUUACCGUUGUCUGUCUUUGACCAUCAUACCAUCAAGCACAAGUUUCCUUUUAGAUGGUCUCCUAUGGGCUUUACAUAUUUGGGCAUAAUGGUGGAUGGUAAUCUGAACAACCUCUAUAAACUCAAUCUGGCCAGUUUGUUGCAAAAGGUGGAGGUUGACCUUUGUAAAUUAAUGGAUUUACCUCUCACUCUACUGGGUAGAAUCAAUGUAAUUAAAAUGAAAGUCCUGCCCAGAUUUCUAUAUCUGUUUCAAUCUCUCCCUAUCCCUGUUCCCGCAGCAUUCUUUUCUUCUCUCGACAAGCUGACCAGACUGUUUAUCUGGCACGGCAAAACCCCUAGGGUUGGCCUGGAUAAACUGACCCUUGAUUACAGUCAAGGGGGCUUAAACCUCCCCAGUUUUAGAAUGUACUACUGGGCUGCACAGUCUGUCUAUGUUUCUGGCUCAGAGGUUUGACAAUUGUCCCUCUCCCUCAUGGUUGAACAUUGAAAAGCUUGAGGUAAAUGAUGACACUGGGGCAGAAUUGUUUUACAAAUGGGACAGAAAAUCUAUAAAAACCAUCACAGACAACCCUUUAAUCAUACAUUCUGUCCUGGCAUGGUGCAAACUGCAUGAGCUGUUCAGACGAGGGGGAUUCCUUUCCCCUAAAACCCCUUUAUGGAACAAUAGAUUGAUUCCUAUGUUUUUCCAGAAUAGUAACUUUAGACCAUGGUCUGAUAAGGGGAUCACUCUCCUGGAACAUUGUUACGAGGGGGGAGUUCUUAUGUCUUUUGAUCAGCUAACAGGGACUUCUUUAGCUACCUACAACUAUGAAACUUUAUUAGGGUGACUUUCAAGGGACAAUGGAACCUACCUAAGAUGUCACCUAUUGAACAACUCUGCCACGCAGACCAACCACUGUUCAAGACCAUGUCCCGUGUUUACAAUGCUCUUAUGUCAGGACUAACACUGCCUGAGCUAGAUAAACCCCGACUUAGUUGGGAAAAAGAUCUGGGUAUUGAUCUUGAUGAGGAUCUAUGGAGUGACCUAUGCAGGGAUGGUGUUACAUCCACAUUGAACUCCAUCAGCUCUGUAUGACCCCAUCUAGACUGUUUCCUCAUGGAAUGCAAUAUAAUCGGCGUCCAAAAAUGCAGAUUACCGAUAGUUAUGAAAACUUGAUCGGCCCUAAUUAAUUGGUCGUCCCUAAAUGAUAGCUUUGAGGUUCGUAAGGAUAGCGUAGCCAACAAAUUGUCAUCCAACAUAACGUGUAGCGUAACUUAAUUGAAAGUCAUUACUUUAAUACAUUGCUCAACAUUUGUCAGAAUUAGUUAAAACAAUGAAUUAGUAUCCGCUCUCGUCGGACUUUGGCUGGUUGUGAAGCCACGCCCCUUUCCUGAAGUAUUGUGUUAUGGGCCCGAAAAGUAUGGAAAUAGUGUCCACUAUGUGUAUACUUCGUAUUUUGGUGAAUGUAGUACAACAUCCGGGAAAUUCUGGCAUACUAUCUAAAUCCAUACUUUGACCAAUAAGCAUACUAUAUACUCAAUUUACAUCACAAAUAAUAGGGUUAGUGCGUUUUGUAGUAGGUGCCUGACACAGGAGGUUGUUUUGCCCCUUACUUAGGGAGGACGGGCUCACUGUAAUGGCUGUAGUGGAAUGAUAUCAAAUACAGCCAACAUAUGGUUUCCAUCUGUUUGAUGCCAUUCCAUACUCUCAGUUCCAGACAUUUUGAGCUGUCCAGCAGCCUCUUGUGUUGUCAGGUGCAUCGGUUUGUGUAAAGAACUGCAACGCUGCUGGGGUUUUCGCACUCAACCAUUUCCGGUGUCUAUAAAGAAUGGUACACUACCCAAAGGACAUCCAGCCAACUUUACACAACUGUGGGAAGCAUUGCAAUCAACAUGGGCCAGCAUACCUGUGGAACGCUUUCAACACAUUGUAGAGUCCAUGCCCUGAGGAAUUGAGGCUGUUCGGUAGGCAAAAGGGGUGGGUGCCACUCAAUAUUAGAAAGGUGUUCCUAAUGUUUGGGAUAGUCAGUGUAAAUAUACAUGUUUUUUUAUGUCUUAACAUAAAUGUAAUAUGGGAGUAUGUGAGUUUCAACAUAGAUUAUAUCAGUUUCAAUCUGGCUUUCCAAUUGUUUACUUCUGAACAGUUAGUUCUGACCCGGUUCCAAACUAAACAAUAUUCCGGUUUAUAUGGUCCCUUUCUGUUCCAUUUUAAACCUCAGAAAUGUACUUUUAGCUUGACAUUAAAUUACUUCACCAAUCACUGCGGAUAGAGCAGCUUGCUAUAGGUUGCAAGAUGUGACAGAAAUUUUGUGAGUGAGGAGAGAGCGAUAAUGAUCAGCUUUGAUAUUGCACAUUGUGGGUUCUAUCAAUGUAAUUGUGUGCAUCAUUUCCAAUCCCGUAUAUAUUUUUAAAAACAUUUUUUCCUUAAUUUUUUCCCCCUAACGCUACCACCCCUCCCCUAAUUAGGCUUGUACUUUCAGCUUAUACAUACAAUAUAAAUUUUACGGACAUUUUCCAUGUUCUCUUUUAAAAAAUGUUUUGUCCCACCCUUCAGCUACCCUCAACACCUCCCAUCUAUCUCUGAAAACCAUCCAGUUUUGAUUUCUAAUCUACAUAUAUUUUUCAACUGUGCUGUAAUGUUUCACAAAAGUUCUGAACAUUUCUAUUCUCAUAGUUUCUACAGAUUGUAAAUUAAAGAUGAAAAUGUUUACUAAGAGUAUGAUAUUAUUGAUCAAUGGACAAUGGAUUUUCAAGUCACCCAGCAGUGCUAUUUGCAGAGUCAGCUCCAGGUAAAUGUUGCAACUCUUCAGCCAUCCCUGAACCUGCGACCAAAAACAAGCUGCAGUUCCAAAACAAGUGAUCUAAUGAUUCUGUCUCUUCGCAGCAAA